UUUAUCAGAUUUGUCAACAUCAUGCAAGCUGUAAAUCAAACAGCUUUUUCACAAUUUCUUCUUCAGGGACUGACAGAUGAUCCAGAGCUGCAACCCUUACUCUUCUGCUUGUUCCUGUCCAUAUACCUGGUCACUAUCCUGGGAAACCUGCUCAUCAUCCUGGCUGUCAGCUCUCACUGCUGUCUCCACACUCCCAUGUACUUCUUUCUCUCCAAUCUGUCUUUUAAUGACAUCUGUUUGAGUACAACCACAGUCCCCAAGAUACUGGCAAACAUCCAAAGACAGAGCAAAGUCAUCAGUUACUCAGGCUGCUUCAUCCAGGUCUACUUUGUCUUGGUUUUUGUUGGAUGGGAAAACUUUCUCCUGGCAGCAAUGUCUUUUGACCGUUAUGUGGCCAUCUGCCAUCCACUUAGGUACAUGUCCAUUAUUAAUACACAGUUCUGCAUCCUGCUAACUUUUUUCUCUUCAUCCAUUAGCAUUGUAAUUGCACUGCUGCACACUUUAAUGUUAUUAAAUCUGUCUUUCUGCACAGACCUUGAAAUCCCCCACUCCUUCUGUGACCUUACACAGAUCAUUAAGCUGGCCUGUUCUGAUACUUUCAUCAAUAACUUGCUUUUAUAUUCUGUUGCUAGUAUAUUAUCUGGUGUUCCUCUGUCUGGAAUCAUUUUGUCUUAUGUUCACAUCAUGUCCACUGCCUUAAGAAUGCCAUCAUCAGAAGGAAAGUACAAAGCAUUUUCUACCUGCACUUCUCACUUGUCAGUUGUUUUCUUGUUCUAUGGGACAGCUUUUGGGGCAUAUAUUAUCUCUGCAAUUACUUACUCCCCCAGAAAUACUUCAAUGGCUUCACUGAUGUGUUCUGUGGUCCCUCAAAUGCUGAAUCCAUUUAUCUACAGUCUCAGGAACAGGAACAUGAAAGAAGCCCUGAGUAAUCUCAUGAAUAGAAUAGCUUCUCUUUUAUGA